AUGGAUCACGGAGCAAGCAUUGCUCUACUAAUCGCUUGUAUUGUCGUACUGGUCGAAUCACGAUACUACGAUAUUGAAAAUGUAGCCGACGGACAUCUACGGAAACACCACGCACAUGACGUCAAACAUCAUAUGAAAAGGGCCAAACCAAUCGAAACAGAUUACGUCGGUAUUGACCAACAUGGGCAAGCAUAUGUGAACUGCACCUACAACAUGGAUGGUGUGGUUGGCGUUCGGAAAUGUUCCAUGCCUGCAUCAGAUGCUGCGUUCGACAUGGGAUUGGCAUGUUUUGCACUGUGGAACGGUGAAGGAGAGAUUAUCGCACAAGACUGUUGGAUUCACCAAGAGAAAAAACGGAUCUCAGACGAUGACUUUCUUAGGGAAGCCUUAACAGUGAACAAAGAUGAGAAGCAGAAAAGUCAGCAAUGGAAACCGAACCGCUCACCUCUACAUAUCAUAAUUAGGGAUUUUAUCAUUGGAGCAAUGCCAGAAGAAGAGAUGUACCCAUGCGAAAGGCUAUGGCAGUGUGAAUUUCUGCUGCUGCUUCGGUCAUGA